AUGCGGCGCGGUCUAUUGAUCUUCCUCCUCGUCAACCUCCUCAUCCUCUCCUUCCUCGUUCGUAGUGUCUCGACACUGCUGGCACUCUUGGUCGAAGAUGCCGCGGCUGAUGCUAUUCACCGUGCGGAAUUGCCAUCACCGAAUUCGAGCUUGAUUGAACACCGCCCUCAGAUCAUUCCGAAGAUCAUUCACCAAACGUACAAGAAUGAGACUAUUCCAGAGGUCUGGCAAGAUGCCCAGAAGAGUUGUAUUGAGAUGCACCCUGACUAUGAAUACAUUCUCUGGACAAACGAGAAGUCGCGCGACUUUAUCGCCGCCGAGUACCCCUGGUUCUUGGAUACCUUUGAUGGCUACACCUAUCCCAUUCAACGCGCGGAUUCCAUUCGGUACUUUGUGCUUGCGCACUACGGUGGAACAUACAUUGAUCUAGACGAUGGCUGCAAUCGUCGUCUGGAUCCUCUCAAUGCUUAUCCCGCGUGGGUUCGCCGCACUGCUCCCACCGGUAUCUCGAACGACGCCAUGGGUUCCGUCCCGCAGCACCCCUUCUUCCUCCGCACAAUCGAGGUGUUGCAGCAAUACGACCGCCACUGGCUUCUUCCUUACAUCACAGUCAUGUACUCGACUGGUCCGCUGUUCUUGUCCGUCAUCUGGAAGGAAUACAUGCGUGAUAAGCCGAGCGAGGCUGGCCGCGUGCGCAUCCUCAUGCAGGACGAGUACAACAAGUUUUCCUGGAGCUUCUUCACCCACCACCGGGGUAACAGCUGGCACGGCAAGGAUGCGCGCUUGAUCUUCUGGAUGGGCCAACACUGGGUCUUCCUCACGGUCUGCGGCUUCCUGAUUGCCGGCGUUGUUGGAUUCUGCCUCUGGUGGAGCUACGGUCGCAUCAUGCUUCUGGGAAGCAAGUACCGCUACCGCUACAGCAAAGUUCCAUCCAUCAUCAGUCCCUCCCGACUCUCGAUGUCGCCGACCCGCCGCUCACGCCUUUCUGUCCCGACGAUCCUCCGCCGCGUCAGUUUCAAGGAAGACGAAGAGUGCGGCGGGGUAACCGAGACCUCAUACGAACUCGGACGCCGCGAUGACUAG